AUGCCCAUUAAACCAAAAGACUCCCGCAUGGUCGGGUUCAGCAGAGUGAAGGCCCGUCCACAGCGACUGCCAAAGCUCAAACCGAUCCCAGUGGGACAGGAGCUUGCGAGCGACGAAGCCUCUGGCACGCGCAUCUACUACAAUCCACCGGCAUCUUCACCGAAUGCGCUCAUCACACCGACUGUAUUUCUGCCGAAGGAGUUGAGACACCUAGCGAAAACACCCGUCGCGAUAUCACAGGGCACACUGCCACCGAGACUGACACCCGUCAAGCCACAAGCUCGGCUGAGUCCCGAACAGAUUGAAGAAGUGCGUACACGUAGAAGUGAGGGUGCUGGGAUCAAUGCUCUUGCGAGAGAAUUUGGCGUGUCGACGCUGUUCAUCAGUCUGGUCGCACCACUCAAAAAGGAGGCCAGAGCAGCGGCUGCAAAGCAAGAAGAAGCCAUCAAGGCGACCUGGAGUGAACGAAAGCGCAUGUACCGCGAAAUCAGGCAAACCAGGCGAAGCGAUUGGGGCUACACCGCGUAG